CCUUCAAGACAUCGGGAUGGGCCACUCUGCAGCUUUCUUAUCUCUGCAUCCUUUCCCGAGCAUGGCGAGAGAAACCUAGGAGCCGCUGUUCCCGAGUCGCCUCCUUUCCGCCCUCUGUCUAUGGUAUCCGCGCACUGCGGGCGGGGCUCACGCCAAAAUCCAAGGAAUGAAAAAUACUGUUCCAAAGAAUGACAAAAAGAGAAGAAAACAGUUGUUGGAUGAAGUUGCCAAACUGGAGGCAGAACUAGAACAGAAACAUAAAGAAGAACUAAAUAAGCUAAAGGAGACAUUACCUGAGCAAAGCAAGGAGGAGUCCGCAGCUUUAAGUAUUGCAAGCUUGGAACUUGAGGACAGAGAGCAGAUCCAACCUCCUAAAAUAUCAAAAGCACAAAAGAGGCGGGAGAAAAAAGCAGCCUUGGAGAAGGAAAGAGAAGAAAGAAUCGCAGAAGCUGAGAUAGAAAACUUAACAGGAGCUAGGCACCUUGAGAGCCAGAAACUUGCACACAUUUUAUCAAAAAGGCAAUUGGAAAUCAAACAGAUUCCAUCUGAUGGUCACUGUAUGUACAGAGCUAUUGAAGAUCAACUCAGGGAGCAACAAAACUCCUGGACUGUUGCAACUCUUAGAAGUCAGACUUCAGAGUACAUCAGAAGCCACACGGAUGACUUCCUACCAUUUCUGACAAACCCAAAUACAGGAGACCUGUAUAGCCAAGAGGAAUUUGAAAAAUACUGCUAUGAUAUAGCAAACACAGCUGCAUGGGGCGGACAGUUAGAACUACGGGCUCUAUCGCAGAUUUUGCAAACGCCAAUUGAAGUAGUACAAAUGGAUUCACCUCCCAUUAUUGUUGGUGAAGAGUACAAUAGGAAACCACUAACACUUGUGUAUAUGAGACAUGCAUAUGGAUUAGGAGAACAUUAUAAUUCUGUAAAACCUCUAUCGGACAUGACUACAGAAAAUGAAAGCUAGUACACACAACUCAUCAGAAGACAUGAAUGCUGGGUUCAUCUUUGUAUAGGUCUGGCACACAAGUUCUACUCAUUUUCUAUUACAAGAUGCAGAAGGUUUGAAGAUACAUAAGAAAUCUGUUCUAAGCAUUGUGGACUCUGAUUUAAAUCAUGUUUUAAAAAACUUCCAUAAAGUGUUUGUAAUGCAACUCCUAAUAAACUGUGUAUUACAGAUUUUUUUGUUUUCUGCUUUAGUGGCAAAGUCAGUGGUAAUUGUGCUACCGUUGCACUACUCUUUAUUUUUUAAUGAACAGAACUCAUGAAAUAAUUGCAAGUGGAAAGUGUUGAAAUUAUUAAGGUACUUAAAUGGCAUGAAAUUGUGGACCCUGUGGACAUGGUUGUGUCAGAUCAGAGUCUCUCAAGAUCAAAUUUAUUAAAUCAGUCAUUAAUGUCCCACCCCCCACCCCUUUUGCUGAAAUCCUCAUUUUUCUCCUGAGCAGUAGUUGAAAUGUUUGCAACAUUCAACACAUUGAUCAGAAGCCCUAUGUCUCUGUUGUAAAUAGAAUUUCACCUUUUCAAUCAAGUUCUAUUUGACUUCUAAUAAUAUGACUGCCUCUUAGGCAAUUAAACAUGCAGAAGGAACAUUCUUACAGUUCUAGGAUGAUAAUGGAUUUUGCUGCUCAUCCCAUUGCUGAAUCCAGAUUAUCUGAUGUAUUUACCUGAAUCUAAGACUAGAUUCCCCCCAAGUUCUUUGAAUUUGGGGGGUUGUCUUAAAUUCAGGGUCCUCUUCUUUUUGGUAAAUGGUAUAGCCUAUAUUUAACCCAUAUUUUUAAGGGGGUCAUCUUAUAUUCAGGGUUGUCUUCUAUUCAAGUAAAUCUGGGGUACAUGCUCAUUUGGGGAGUGAAUGGCAUUGCUCCCAAGCUCGCAUAUAAAGCAAGCCUUCACAUGGGUAGCCAAAACCCUUUCAUCCCACUAUUGCAUAAUUGUGGAAGGUACAUACAGUGCCCUGAGAAUAUUUUUGUUCGUUAUCUUCAUGGCUAUCAUGAUGGUGAACUUAAUAGUACAUGAGGAAACUAUUUUUUAUGUUCAAGACUCUUGAGAAAAUAAGGCCUACCAAUGUGAUACUGGUGUCUAUGGAAUUUGCAUUUAGAUUUAUGUGGGUGUUUCUCUAAAUCACUUACUUUGAACAGUAGCCAAGAUUGUGUAUGUGGCUAGCAAAAUUAAAAUUUAUUUUGUGAUCUGUUU